UCGUCGUUAAAGUAUGAAGACUGAUUGUAAUAUGCUCAACUUGUUAGUUUAGUAUAUAUUAUAGUGUAUUAGGGUAUUAUGAAUUAUGAUACUAUUUUAAUUAAAGUAUAAUUAUUAAACAUCUGUGCUGUCAAUUCCAAAUGUUAUAGUUAGAAAGGUGAAUUUUUUUGUUAACUGUUGGGAAGAAGAUACCUUUGCUCAUGUGUUUCUCCUGAGAUAAGUGAUAUAUUGUACAAAUAAUAUAUUUCUUACAUAGUACAGAUAUAAGAGUUUCAGAUCAUGUCGUCAGACAUAGAUAUAGAGGAGCAUGAUGUAUUAGAGCAUCCCUCUAUAAAGAAGAUAUUUCCUGACCUGUCAUGGAUAAAAUCAGAAAUUAUUAGUUCUGAGGAUGAAGAACCAACGGUGUUUGCAAACAUCAGAAUAGAAGCCACUUCAAAAUCUCAAUGCAUUGACGAGUUUGGUCAGAGAAAUGACCCAGUACAACAUAAUAAUAAUGAAGAAGUCAUCAUUGUGGAUGAUGUGCAAUGUCCUGAGGUUGAAGAAAUAAAUGAAUUACCACUUGAGAAGGACAUAGGGACACAAAAUGUAGACUCGGAACCAAUAAUUGUAGAAGAUGAAAAAUGUGAAGAUGAAAUUAAAACAAAUGAUCCAAUAAUUUAUGAAAUUCCUGAUUCUGAGUGUUCUGAUAAUAAUGGCGUUCAACAGAGCUCCUUAUUAACGAAAAACACAAUUGUUCUCGGCUCAAACAUCCCAAAUAAAAUGAUAAUCGGCUCAAAUGUACCAAAAAAAGGAGUCGCCUCUAACAAUCCAGAAAACAGCGGUUCAAAUGUUACUAAAACCAGCCUCUACUCUGAAUUUGUGAUCGAAAGAGAUCCAUUCUCCGCAAAGGUCAUAUUGAAGGAUUGGGGAUAUAUUUUGAAAAAACAUCCAUUUUAUUGUGAUGAAUGUUUGAUUCUUUUUCCCAGUCAAUCCGCUUCAAACGCCCACAACGCUUCCGAUCAUUCCCUCUUAGUGCCCAUAGAAGAAAUAGAAGUCGUGACACGGGACUCACAGACAGGAGAUUUAGGACAAAUGGUCCUAAAAUGCCCGAUUUGUGGUUACGUUUUUAAGACUUAUCGUAAUUAUCUCGCACAUAUAGAAAGCAAACACGACACGAACAAAUUACAUCCAAUUAAUGAAGUCUAUACUGGAAAUUGCAUGAUGUGUUCGGAAAAACAUUUUAAAGUUCUCAACACUUACUUGAAACAUAUAUCCUCUUGUCAUAGUAAGGUUUACAAUAAAAUAUACUCAGAUAUCGAGCCAAGGAAAAGUACGGCAAAUGUCGAUGGGACAGGUUUAAGUCCGCCUAAUAAAGCUCGAAAAAGUACGGCAAAGUUCGACAGAAUGAACAUAGCCAGAAAGACCACAACGAAACAAGGCGAAGGGUACAAAAACAUAGCUCUCAAAAGCACGGCUAGACAGUCAAAAAAUAUCGCUCUCAAAAGUACAUCAAAACCGAUACAACCAAGACGCAUAGCGGUCAAAAGUACUUCUAAAAGCGAAAACAAGACAAGCUAUUCGAGACAAUCUGAUGAACACACAGAAAAUCCAAAAUUUAAUUAUAUUAUUUGUCCCAUCUGCGGAACUCACUACCAACACAUUUGGCAAUAUGUCACCCAUUGCAACGCCGAUCACCAAGCCAUAUACUUGUCUCCAAAAAGACUGGUUUUUACCGGAUCAUGCGAGUGCGGUUUCAAGACUACAGCAAUAAAAAACUUAAAUACUCACAUAAGCAAAGAACACAAAGAGCUUUUUAUGAAAAUUGCGACGAGCCUUCAAGAAUAUUUCUGCCUCGAGUGCGAUAUUACCUUUACCACGCUCAACUCUUAUAACAUACAUAAAAUUAAACACAAGAGUGACAAUGACAAAGAAGAUAUCAGAUGUGACCGAAAAAAUCACCAAACGGAGGAUUUUUCACAGAUUAUGAAAACAGAAACGAUGCCGGAGCCAAAAGAUGUCGGAAAUGACCAGAACGUUGUUAUUAUACCAAAAGACACAAUUUUCAAAUGUCCCAAAUGUGACCUACAUUCCCUGUCGGGCAGGACGGUGUUUCUUCAUUUCCUGAAAUGUACAGGUGCCAAGUCCAAAGUUGUAUGUGACAUUUGUGACAGAUCCUUGCUGUAUCAGGAUUUCGAGAGCCACAAACUACAGCAUCGACUAAUGUCGACAAUAAAUGACAUUGAGAUUACGGAGGAAGCUUUUGAUAAACUGUUGCUGGUGUGUACGGAAUGUAAGGUCGGAUUCGAUAGUUCUUCGAUAAAUACUAAGCACGUUAUCGAAUGUCAAAAAAAAGAUGGAAUUUUGUGUCAGAAAUGCAACUUGAGAAUCGCGCCUGAAUGCAUAAUUAAUCACGAAAAGUUACACUCAAGCAAUUUUGAUCUAUUGGUAGUAGAGUUCUUGUGUGGAAAUGUUAAGGGAUUGAAAGAAUUUACCGAAAAUAAGUCCCUGUAUUAUUGUCAUGUGUGCAAGUCGUAUGAUCCUGCCGAAUAUGUGGAUUACCACAGAACGAGUGUGUGUCUCCAAAAUAAAAGUUUUCGUAUUUGCCGAUUCUGUGGUCUGCGAUUUUCUCACAAGAGUUUUGCCGACCAUAUUUUGGGGCAUCGAAAUAAAAGCUUUGAUCUAUAUAAUGUAACAUUUAUAGAUAUACAUACCGGAGAAGUUAUGAAACCAAAAAUUCCAGAUUGGAAUAAAUUUGCGGGUAAUACCACAGUGAAAUAUUUGGGAGAAAAGCCCAAACAGGAAAAAAAUAUUGAAAAUACUGUGUACUGCGAAGAAUGCCAAGAGAAUUAUUAUGAGCUCGCCUACAAGAUACAUCUGCAGUAUCACGAAAUCACUAAUACUAAUCAUAUUGACGCUGAGAUCAUGCAGAAGUAUCUAACCAUGCAGUCUCUUUGGAACCUCGUUUUUCUUUGUCAAUGCUGCAAUGUCACUUUUGACAAUUACGAUCUAGCCGUCGAACACAGCCAAGACCAUAUAAUAAAAAAAGCCCCAAGCGACAAAUGCAUGAAAUGCACCAAAUGCAAUCUUAUAUUCGAAGAACAAUCCUUCGAGAGGCAUCAAAAUCUUCACAACGGCGCAGAAAUCGAUGAGUACUCUUUUUGCGUGCUUCCGUUUAAUUUUGAAGAUUUACUUUCGGAAUCCUGGGAUAAUGUAUUUAAAGUGAUAAGUGAUGAGCAAAAAUCGCAUAUAUUGUCCAAAAGUGUUUACAAUUGCUACAGAAAUUUACGGCUCGAGUUGAAUUAUGAUGGGCCGUCAACGCAUACACUCUAUAAGUGCGCCGUCUGCGAUGUCAUCGUAGAUAAAAUGCAUCUUCUUGAUCACGCAUAUAACAAAGACGUAUGCAAAAAUGAAGAUAAAUUCACCUGUUCGUCGUGUGAACUAGCCUUCGUAACCCGAGAGUCUCUCGUUGAGCACGAAUCGCACCACAUACCAGAUACCAAAACCAGGAUAAUUUUAUUUAAUAAACCAAAGCACUUUUCGCUGAACGUCCACUUGAUCCGACAGUCCAGAAUUUCUAAUUCAUCCAAUAAAGAGGGCAAAUCCAAAUCCAGUUCCACCUUCUACAAAUGUCUCCGUUGUGAAGCCGGAAUUCAGAAUUUAUGUAAUAUUAAAAGACAUAAUUGUUCAUUAGAUAAAACAUACCUCAAGUGUAACCGUUGCAAGUUAAAAUACCGCUCCUCGGGGUUGAAGAAGCACAUGUUACUUCACAACAACAUAGACAGAUUCUACAUAGUCCCUUUCAAACACGGUAGGAUCGUCUUGCAGAGUAAACUUAAAUUGAGGCUCUAUGAAUGCCAGAAAUGCAAACUAUGCACACACAAAAGGCCACCUGCCCAUACCUGUAGACCCGACAAUCUCCGUGAAUGUAGCUCGUGUGGUUUAAAAUUUUCAGAAAAGUCGUAUAAAAAACAUAUGGAACAGCACAUGAAAGCUCCGAAUUUGACACGAAAUAACCUUGUCAUAAUACAGUACACUCCGGAGCCAACCUCGCAUGAAACAGAGAUAUCGAUGUCUGAUGAAUCGUCGAAUGCUAAACGAGUGGCUCCCAGAAAAAAGGCGUUAGUGGAAGAUAAUCCAAUGUCACGCUUUCUAUAUAAAUGCACUUGUGGCAUCUUGUUCGUGAAAUGGAACCAACUUCGAAACCACGUAAAGAGGUGCAGCGAUGACUUUAAACCGACCCAGUGUAAAUGUGGCCUGAAGUUCCACGCGUUAGCCAUACGAGACCACCUGAACGUUCAUUUGAACUGCUCCUCUAUAAAGGACUACCUCGUCGCGUGCGUCAAUGUCGGUAAAGCUGCGAUUGCAAAUGCCCGGAAGAAUUGGCUCUGGUAUUGCACGGAGUGCAAAACCUAUUACGGCGAUAUUAAGCACAUGAACUGCCAUUUCAAAGGAAAUGAGCCCGGUCCGAGUGAACGCUGCUCAAUUUGUAGAAUAACAAUAUCCAGUUACAGUUUUGAACAUCACAUGGAACUACACAACGAAGAUAACGAAUUUAGCCUCAAACGACUCCAUAAACUGUCUUUGAGGAUGAUCAGCACCGAUGCCCUCAAGACACCGAUUCGGCCAUUUACGAAAAAGCGUCCAACCUUAUAUAAGUGUAAAAAAUGCGAAGUACAUUUUUUUACUUCUCAACAGCUACAGAGUCACUUAGAUGAACCGCGUCAUGUUAUCGAAAACGGAAUUCAGUGUAACUAUUGCCAUUAUUUCUUUGCUAAAAUUUGUCUACAUGCGCACAAGAAAAAUCACCAUUAUAAUAGAAGAUACAAACGAGAAGACUUUGUCAUCCAAACUAACGAAUCCGCUGACGAAGAAGAUAUUGACAGUGACAAGUUGGAGAUAAAUGAAAGCCGGAAGAACCGUGGUCAGCCCACCCAGGCGAGACAUCAGGACUUUGCGAAAACUCCAAAAAAUAUCAAGAGGGCAGUUUACAAAUCGAUUAGGAAGAAACCAUUAGGCGAUUUGAAAGUAUUGCACAAGUGUGGCAAAUGUCACUUGCACUUUCUGGUGAGAAAAAGCAUAAAGAGUCAUCUAUCACGACACCUGAAAACCAAAAAAAGAUGUCAAUCGACCAACUCCUGCUCGAUCUGCGGACUGGAAUUCAACACUCGAAGUCUCAUCCGCCAUAAAUUUAUUCAUCAUAAGACGUUGAACUUGCAAGUACACGAUUUCGAAAUACGCGUUUACACUUCUCCAGUGACUUUCACGACUACACGAAUCAAAGCUAAUGAAAUACAAUCCAAGAAGCGAAAAAUUAUAUCUGAUAGAGUCGACCUGGCCAAGAAAAUGAAAUGUGUCCCAUCUCCUCCAAAAACUGAACCCGUUGCCGCUUCGCAACCGACGUUGUCUAACGAUACUCAUCUCAAAAACGCCUCCCAAAUCUUCAAAUGUGCGGAAUGCAACGUGUUCUUUACAAACUAUGUUAUGUGCCACGACCACACCUUGAAUCAUAAGCCAUUAGAUAAUACUGAGUAUAUCGGCUGUAAGCUGUGCGAUUUUCAACUCUUGUGCGAAUGCCUAGGUGUGCAUAUGAAGAGUCACAGAGAAGGCACGUUCGACAUUGAGGACUUGCUCAUAAGCGAGUUUCGGCCGGGAGAGGGCGCUCCGUCGAUAAAGACAUAUUUGGCUCGAGAUUUAUUGGAUGCCAAUGUGAUUAGUACAACCACUAAUUGCAGCUAAAAGUCAUUUAAUAGACUAAAGAGAAGCUUGUUAAGUUUUAGAAAAGUAUAACAGGGUUUUAGUCAGUCAGUUUAUAUGUAAAAACGCUCCAAGCCCACCAAUGACAUAAAAGAUGUUUAUUUAAUAAACUACCUCACUCUCAAAGUAAUAAAUUCUCGAAAAUUAGAUUUUUUUUUCGUUGUAAGUACAUACGCAAUAAUAAUUCUGUUUUAUGUUAAUCUAAGCUUAAUAUCGCUUGUCCCGGGGAUCAAAGUCGUAAAGCUCUAUUACGACUGUUUUAAUUUUUUCUCAUUUUUGAUAACUGAGUUAUUUUUUUUUAGAAUUUCUGUAAACCCUUCUAUAAUAAAAUGGACGAUUAUUUGUGCAAUGUUAAUAAUAUUAGUUUUCCUAAUUUUAUUGGCUGGUGUCCAUGGGCGGCGGUAUCACUUAACAUCAGGUGAGCCUCCUGCCCGUUUGCCUCCUAAUACAUAAUAAAAAAUCAUUCUAGUUCGUUCGCCAAAAUGACCAACGUAAUGUGCGAUUACUGUCUCGUCCGUAAUAAUUUUAAAAUAAACGUAAAACGCUUUUGCUCUUCAGUUUUAUUAUUACUAUAAUAUGCAUUUAGUUAUUAACAAUUUUAUCUAAACACAACAACAAUAUUUAAAUCGUAGAAUAGGAAAAAAAUAAGUUUAUUUUGAUAAAUAUAUUUAAAUUUGAAAUGUACCAGUCAUCUAUUCAUUGUUACCUUCUUUUUUUCCUAAAAAAAAAAUUGAUUUUGCUUUUACUGCUUUGUUCCCGAGGCAAGCGAUAUGAUCAACAGUUUAAAUAUGUUUUGCGUUUGCAGUUUAAUAAAAUGAUCUUUGUUACUAUUAUUGUAAAUGGAAUGCAGACAUUUAAGUGCGUUUUUUAUACUUUCGUCAACUGUUCGUCUAUACUUUCGAUGCAAUUUGUAAAGUUAUCUCAAAUUUCAUUCGAACGACUCAUGUCCGUGUACGAUCAUUUGUAUUACGAUAUACUGUAUUAUUUAACAGAUGACGUUCUCCAAAACGAAGACAUUUACAUAUCUUAAUUUUGAUCAUGUUGACAAAAACUAGGUAGGUACUUUGAAUGGCUACGACAAUUGGUCGUAAAACUUGGAUAAGGGAAUGAAAUAAAAAGGAUUACAUAUUUAUAGUAUUUAAAAAUUUGUUACUUCUAAAUGUAAAUUGAAUUGAAUUUCAUUGUCCAAACAAAGUGCCUUCUUUCAGGUUUGAAGGGUAAAUAUUCAAAAUAAGUCUUCGCGCUACUACUCCUGUAGAAAUGUCAAAAUGCAUCGCAUUUUCACUUGUGUGAUUUAUAUAUUAUUAUAGUUGUAUACUUAUAUUGUAUUUGUUUUUUCAAAUCUACUUACGUUUCUGUUUGUCUAAGAAAAUUUAAUUUUGUAUGAAGUUUUAGUUUUGUAUGGAAUUAAUAACAUGUUUUAUUCGCUGACUGAUAAUAGUUAAUAAGUGUUAUUUUGUAAAAGGAAUGUAUGUAAGCUGAGUUUUAUUGAAAUAAAUUUUUUAAA